AUGCUCGUGUGUUUUUCUUUAUAUUAUUAUUAUUAUGUCUUUCUCAACGAGGAGGGGCUGUGGGAUGGGUCAUGUGAGAUAUCUUGCGGUUGGAUUGUAAUUGUAGGAAAACUAGGCAGUUAA